GAUCACCGGCGGGAAUCGGGUGCUUUUUAGUGGCGUCUCCAUCCUUCGCCUUGUUUUGAGGUUGCUGAGAACAUUUAAAAAUUAAUAAUUGGGAGAAAUGGACCCCUCAGGAAGAAAAUGCGAAUCUCCCGGCUGUGAAAAUAGCGCAAAACUACAAUGCCCUACAUGUAUAAAGCUUGGAGUACCCGGUUCUUUUUUCUGCUCCCAGGAUUGUUUUAAGUCAAACUGGAAAAGCCACAAAAUCAUUCACGCUCUUGCUAAAGGUGAAGGAAAUGAAAAAGCAAAUGACACUUUCUGCCCAUGGCCUUACUAUAAUUUCACUGGUAAAUUAAAGCCUUUUCCCCAAACCCCAAAACGCACUGUACCUCUAGAGAUAGGGAGACCAGACUAUGCUGACCAUCCUCAAGGAUUCCCUUUGAGUGAACAAGCUGUCAAGGGUUCUGGGCAUAUUAAGGUUCUUGAUGAUGAAGAAAUUGAAGCUAUGAAAGUGGCAUGUAAGUUAGGAAGAGAAGUACUAGAUGAAGCAGCAAAAGUAUGUGGUGUUGGAGUAACCACAGAUGAAAUAGAUAGGGCUGUUCAUGAAGCUUGCAUUGAAAGAGAAUGCUAUCCUUCACCACUUAACUACUAUGAAUUCCCAGCAUCCUGUUGUACUUCUGUCAAUGAGGUAAUUUGCCAUGGAAUACCGGAUACGCGCCCCUUAGAAGAUGGAGAUAUUUGCAAUGUCGAUGUGACUGUUUAUCACCGUGGGUUUCAUGGAGAUUUAAAUGAAACAUUUCUCGUCGGAAAUGUUAGUGAUAAAAUCAAAGAUCUAGUCAAAGUGACUCAUGAAUGUCUGCAGAAGGCAAUAGAAAUUGUCAGACCUGGUGAAAAGUACAGGGAAAUUGGCAAUGUGAUUCAAAAACAUGCUCAAGCUCAUGGAUAUUCUGUUGUUAGGAGUUAUUGUGGGCAUGGAAUACAUAGACUUUUUCACACUGCACCAAAUGUUCCUCAUUAUGCCAAAAAUAAAGCUAUUGGUGUGAUGCAACCUGGCCAUUGUUUCACCAUAGAACCGAUGAUUUCAAUGGGAACAUGGAAAGAUGAAAUGUGGCCAGACAAAUGGACUGCGGUGACUGCCGAUGGAAAGUGGUCCGCCCAGUUUGAACAAACUUUAUUGGUGAACGAAACCGGAUGUGAAAUAUUAACGAAAAGGCGAGAAAAAAAUGGUCAACCUCACUUCAUGGACAAACUUUAAAAACUCUAAAACAGACAUAGGAAUAUCUUUAACGAAAUAUUGUUCCGGUUGAUUUUUUAUUUACUGAAAAUUUUAGCUCUUGUAGGAUAUGGAAAUUAUGAUUUUAUUAACAAAUUAAAUUAUUGUUUUUGCACCUAUAAAGAA